AUGGGGCAGGAUCAGUCCACAGUGCUUAGCGAUGAGCGCAUCGGUGAAGAGGAAGCUCGGAUACGACCGAGAAACAAGAUGGUGACCACCAGACAGAUCAAGGUAGUGUGUGGAGCCAGCACGCAGGCAGAAUACCGUGUAUGUGGCUUUGUGGGCAUGUGUACUCCAUGUGGGACUAGUAGCAAAAGAUUGCACAAGCCUCACUGUAGACCACAGACAGCUGCUGUCCUUGUUUGGUGCUCUCUGUGCUUGCAGAAGAGGUCUGCGCCCGACCAGGUAAACAAAUUCAUGGAGAAGGCCGAUGUAAUUGACCAUAUAAAGCCGAUAAGGGAGGCCGACAUGGCUGCGAAGAAAGAAUUAGAGUCCUACGAAGGCAUUAUGGAACUCUCGGCGCAGCUGAAAAAGGAGAAGCGAAAGGAGGAGGAACCGCUGGACCUGAAGGUGAUGGCUUUGCCAGAAAUUGAAGAGGUAGAGUCUGUGUCUGAGGAAGAGGAAGAGGAUAGGGGCGUUUUCCACCGAGAGGUUGAAAUAGAAGAAGAGCCCGUGACCAUCUUUCGGGAGGCGGCACACCCUGUAGCUAUCGAAGGGGAAUGCGCUGUCAACUGCACUUUGCAGUUUCGAGAUGAUUCACCGUACAUGAGGGAGUUCCCGGUUUAUAAAAUUGAGUGGGCGGAGAGCCUAUCAGUUGGCGAAGCCACGGUCUUCAGCAUUGCAGCAUUGGCUGGGGGAGGCCCGGAUACACCUUUGAUAAUUCCUUCAGAUUCAUUGGGGAAAUACAUUUGUGUCAGAGCUUACAGGCAGGUGGAAGAUCAGUUUGAAACCACCAAGCUAAGGGACAAUGAGGCCGGCAUGUACGAUGCGCACGUAGCUGGAGCCCGCACGGCAAAAAUCCUAGCGCCGAAGCAGUUUGUAACUGUGGUCUCAACCUCCAUCGUGGGCCCCGUGCUGCUCGCGGAGGAUGUCACCGUUUUGAUCCUUAAGGCUCUCGCUAGGGGCGGAUUCAGUUGCGCGGUGAAGCUGCGGGAUGUCCUAGACUCCGCGGAUCGCGCUGUGCCGCUGGAGCGCGAUCCCGUGAAAGCGGCCAAGGCAAAGAAGAAAAUUCCAGCAACAUUGCUAGUUGACUUUCGUAUGCUAGAGCUGCGCUAUCCGAAGAGCUGCAUAAGAGUGGACGAGGACGGCCUGAUUCACCUGAACCUAACGAAAGAACCUAUGGGCACUGAGUUUGCGGUAAUUGAACAACCGCUGGAUGUCAUUUCAGUGCGGCCCUCCAAAGGACCCAAUACAAUUGUCUUAGCGCUGGUGUUUAAUACGCACGGCUACGAGCAUGGGGGGACUCAGCAGUUGAUUCGCUUUGAUGUGGAUCCGGCAGUUGGUAGAGACCUUGCGUUGCAUCAGUGCCUCGCCUUUCAAGCAGUCAGAAAAGCGCGGCUCACACGUAGCACCUUGUCAUCCUGGUACAAUUGCGGCAAUGUGGAAGCUCUUCGCCGGGCUGUUCAGGAUUUCCUCGAGGCUCAAGCGUUGGCCUCCUCAGAAGCAGCGCCUGCAUUUGAGAAGAUGCCUACAACUCCCUGGAGCAUUAUGAACUACCGGGCUUGA